AUAUAUCCGCAAUUAAAUCAUUAUUAGAGUUCGACUUGGUAUUGUUCGAGGGAUGUAAAUCAAAAUUUUCUAUUUUCGGAAGAUUUUAAAGUACAGGGUGGAGACAGCCAAAUCCCAGAGGGAAGCUGCGUUUUGCCAACAGGUGCAACCUGCUGUGGUCCGGGCGGCAUGAGCGGGUUUAUCGACUGUCACUGUCACUUGGCGGCGCAGGAUUUUCAAACAGAUAUUGAUGAAGUGAUAGAGGAGUCUAAGAAGACUGGAAUCCUAGCUCUUGUGGCGGUAGCAGAGCAUGCUGGAGAAUUUGAAAGACUAAUAGAGCUUUCAAACAAAUAUUCUGGGUUUGUGCUACCAUGUCUUGGUGUCCAUCCCGUACAAGGAAAUCCACCACAAGAACAACGUAGUGCCACACUUGAGGAUUUGCAGAAUGCACUUCCAUUGAUAGAAAAAUAUAAGGACUGCUUAUUGGCAAUUGGAGAGGUAGGGUUGGAUUUCACCCCACGAAUUGCCAGCACUGAGGCACAGAAGAAUGAACAAAAAAAGGUCUUCAUUGAACAAAUUGAAAUUGCAAAGCAGUUUGAUUUACCUUUGAAUGUACAUUCGCGCUCUGCUGGACGUCCAACCAUUAACCUACUGAAGGAACAAGGAGCUCAGAAAGUAUUGCUUCAUGCUUUUGAUGGAAAACCCUCUGUGGCUAUGGAAGGGGUGAAAGCUGGAUUUUAUUUUUCAAUCCCACCAUCCAUUAUAAGAAGCGAGCAGAAGCAGAAAUUGGUGAAGCAAUUACCAUUAGAGUUUAUAUGCCUGGAGACAGACUCUCCUGCAUUAGGGCCAGUAAAACAGGAGAGAAAUGAGCCUAAGAACAUAUCAGUCUCCUGUCAAUACAUUGCACAGAUUAAAGGGCUUUCGGUGGAGAAUGUCAUGGAAGCGACAACACAGAAUGCAUUCAAACUUUUCCCAAAACUUCAGAAAUUUAUUCGUAUUUGAAAUAUAUUGUCUCUGUAAUAUAAUGACUAAAAAUAAAAAUACAAAUUUGUGGAUGCAAUUUAGGCUUAAGGUAGCAUUAAAGCACAAUAAAAAUCUAUCUUAAAAUUCAAUAUAACUGUUGUGU